AUGGCCUUCUCUUCGCGUUCACUGCCUGGCCAUUUGCGGCAGGGCUCUGCCUCCGGCAACCCCAAUGCCCAGUCCACAGGGCAGUCCGCGGCUCUACUCGCUCGAAUCAGUGAGAAGAAGGCAGAGCUUGACAACCUCCAGGAGCUUCGCGAUCUCAGCGCGGCAGUAGCCGACCAGAUGGAAGCCUUGGAGCUGAAGCUGUCGACCCUUUCCGAUGGAACAGAAGCAAUCGCCACGGUCAUGGGAAACUGGCACAACGUCUUACGAGCUAUAAAUAUGGCAUCAGCCAAAAUUCCGACACCGCGCAUUGCAGAUGACGAAGAGUCUACGCCAGAGGACACGGUGCCCCUUCCACAGACUCUGAUCCGAAUACCAACAGAACAUGCGCCGGCACUCCAGGUGCAAGCCGAGGGAGCUCUGGAGAGCGAGCAGAAUACUUCGACCAUAUAG